UAACAUCACUAUUUCGACAAUUACAAGAAGUUUCGUCAGCACCACGCGUGCAAUAAAUUCCAAUUUUUGACUGAUCGGAUUUCCAGAUGUUAUGAUUUUGAAACCAGUGGACACUUUAAAUAUACAUAAAUGAGACAAGUUCUCACGUUAGUAUAUAAGUGUAGUGUAUUUAGUAAAUAUUCAGUCUCGUGCGUUCCAUACAGACUUUCACACAAUCUCCAGUGGGGAAGUAAUAAAACCCAUCGGAAAAUUAAAAUCCCGAAUCCUUACAAAGAAAUUAUUAUGGCUGAUCCUAAGAUUGAAGAAAUUUUAGCUCCCUUCAGAGCUAGCGUCAAAGAGCAGGGUGAUUUAGUCAGAAAAUUAAAGGAGGAGAAAGCACCGGAAAUCGAUGUAAAGAAGGCAGUAGCUGAAUUGAAAGCAAGGAAAAAAUUGUUGGAAGACAAAGAAUUGAGCCUCGCACCCGCGGAGGAAUUAUUUGAUCGUGCAAAAAUGGAGGAUUUGAUCAAAAGGCGGUUCUUUUAUGACCAGUCAUUUGCAAUCUAUGGGGGCAUUACUGGUCAAUUCGACUUCGGGCCUAUGGGCUGUGCACUUAAAAGUAACAUGAUCCAACUAUGGAGGAAGUACUUUAUAUUACAAGAACAAAUGUUAGAAGUGGACUGUUCAAUUUUAACACCGGAGCCUGUUUUAAAAGCUUCUGGUCAUGUGGAGAGGUUUGCUGAUCUCAUGACAAAAGAUGUUAAAACUGGAGAGUGCUUUCGGUUAGACCACUUAAUCAAAGCUCAUUUAGAGAAAAUUAAAAGUGAGAAGAAUACAAAAGCUGAGCUGAAAGCUGAAAUUGAAGAUAUUCUGGUUAAACUUGAUGGUAUGACAGCCGAUGAGAUGUCAGCUCUCAUGCAAAGAUUCCAGAUGAAGUCUCCGGUGAGUGGUAAUGAGCUUACACCACCUAUUGAAUUUAACCUGAUGUUUAACACUCAGAUCGGCCCUUCUGGACUUGUAAAAGGCUUCCUGAGGCCAGAGACUGCACAAGGAAUAUUUGUAAACUUUAAGCGUUUAUUAGAAUUUAAUCAAGGUCGUCUGCCUUUUGCUGCUGCUCAAAUUGGCAACUCAUUCAGGAACGAAAUCUCCCCACGGUCUGGUCUAUUGAGGGUUAGAGAAUUCACAAUGUGUGAAAUUGAACAUUUCUGUGAUUCUAAGGACCAUCCUAAAUUUGAUACUGUGAAGGACACUAAAAUGUUGCUGUAUUCUGCUGAUAACCAAGAGCAAGGAAAACCAGCUGAAAUUACUACUAUUGGAGAAGCUGUCUCAAAAGGCAUUGUUAACAAUGAAACCUUAGGUUACUUCAUGGCUAGAAUUCACCUCUACCUAUUAGCUGUAGGUAUUGACCCCAAAAAGCUCAGGUUCAGACAACAUAUGGGCAAUGAAAUGGCUCAUUAUGCUUGUGAUUGCUGGGAUGCAGAGUGCCUGUCUAGUUAUGGUUGGAUUGAAUGUGUAGGCUGUGCUGAUAGGUCUGCCUAUGAUCUUACUCAGCAUACAAAAGCGACAGGCAUCCGACUUGCUGCUGAAAAGAAACUGCCUGCACCUAAACAAAUUGAAGUAGUCGAAGCUGUAGCUAAUAAAGCUGCAAUUGGUAAGGAGUUCAAGAAGGAUGCAAAAGUAAUCAAUGAUUCAUUAGCUGCUAUGGAUGCUGCUUCUCUUGAUGACUUGCAGAGCAAAUUAGACUCUAAUGGGGAAUAUAUACUCAGCACUUCAAAUGGUGAUUUUAAACUGACACCCAACUUGGUCAGUGUCAAGAAAAGUCAAAAAACAGUCCAUGUUGAAGAAAUUAUACCAAGUGUCAUUGAACCCUCAUUUGGUGUUGGCAGAAUACUUUAUUGUAUAUUGGAACAUAACUUUAAGAUGAGAGAAGGUGAUGAACAAAGGACCUACUUCUCGUUGCCAGCUACUGUGGCACCAAUGAAAUGUGCAGUACUGCCUCUUAGUGGUAAUACUGAAUUCCAGCCAUUUGUAAGAGAACUUAAUCAACUUCUAACAAAUGUUGAUGUCUCACACAAGGUUGAUGACUCGUCAGGUUCUAUUGGGCGCCGUUACGCGCGAACUGACGAGUUGGGAGUCCCGUAUGCUAUUACAGUAGAUUUCGAUACUAUCAAAGAACCUCACACAGUGACAUUAAGAGAACGAGAUAACAUGGGGCAGGUACGGCUUCCUUUGGAGGAUGUUCCUAUAGUAGUUAGGGACCUUUCUAACAGUAAAAUAUCAUGGAAUGACGUAGAACAAAAGUACCCUAAAUUCGAACAACAAGAGAACGUCAAAGGAGCAGCGGCAUAGAAUAUGACGUAAAUAUUGUCAUUUGCACAGCUGUAGGUAUUUAAUGAUCUUGUAUUGUUUCUCAGUUCAUUGAAAAUAUAUUUAUUAUUGUUAGCUGUAAGCUUUAGUUUUGUUUACAAAAAUAUCUGUUUUUAAAACAAAGCUUAAUAAAUUGCUGAUGAAAUCCU